ACAAGUGAGGCAAUUGAUACCGAGCAACAUAAACCACUCAACUUCUACCAAACACACAUCAUCAACAGAUCAUCAUGGGUGCCAAGGACGUUCUCUCCCGCAAGUCAGGUGUCAUCGUUGGCGAUGAUGUCCUCGCUCUCUUCAACGACGCAAAGAAGCAGGGCUACGCCAUCCCCGCUGUGAACGUCACAUCUUCCUCCACCGUCGUUGCGACUCUCGAGGCCGCUCGCGAUGCCAAGUCGCCCAUCAUCCUCCAGACUUCCCAGGGAGGCGCCGCCUACUUCGCCGGAAAGGGCGUCGACAACAAGAACCAGGAGGCGUCCGUCGCUGGCGCUGUUGCAGCUGCUCACUACAUCCGCUCAAUUGCGCCCAUCUACGGCGUUCCCGUCGUUCUGCACACCGACCACUGCGCCAAGAAAUUGCUGCCAUGGUUGGACGGCAUGAUGGAUGCCGACGAGGCCUACUUCAAGGAGCACGGCGAGCCCCUCUUCUCUUCCCACAUGAUCGACCUCAGUGAGGAGGAGAAGGACUGGAACAUUGCCACCACCAAGAAGUACCUCGAGCGUGCUGCUCCUAUGAAGCAGUGGUUGGAGAUGGAGAUCGGUAUCACUGGUGGUGAGGAGGAUGGUGUCAACAACGAGGAGGUUGACAACAACUCCCUUUACACCCAGCCCGAAGACAUCUACGACAUCUACAAGGCUCUCUCUGCAGUUUCGCCAUACUUCAGCAUUGCUGCCGGCUUCGGUAACGUGCACGGUGUCUACAAGCCUGGAAACGUCAAGCUCCGCCCCGAGCUGCUCCAGAAGCACCAGAAGUACGUUCAGGAGAAGGAGGGUCUCAAGGAGUCCAAGCCUGUCCACCUUGUUUUCCACGGCGGUUCCGGAUCCAGCGUCGACGACUUCCGCGAGGCCAUCUCAUACGGUGUGGUCAAGGUCAACCUCGACACCGACAUGCAGUGGGCUUACCUCAGCGGUGUCCGUGACUUUGUCCAGAACAAGAAGGACUACCUCCAGACCCAGGUCGGUAACCCCGAGGGCGACGACAAGCCCAACAAGAAGUACUACGACCCCCGUGUCUGGGUACGUGAGGGAGAGAAGACCAUGUCCCAGAGGGUCAAGGUCGGUCUUGAGGACUUCCUUGCCGCUGGAAAGUUGUAGAUGUACAAGUCGAAAUGCAACGUUAGCGGGGCAUGGCGUUUGCGGAGUAGUACGAUAGAGGAGGUGACGCAUUAAUGCACAGGCGCGAGUGUCAGAAUAUGAACUCUGUGUAACGAGGAUGAUAAGAAUGUAUGCCUACAAAGGAACAUUUAAUUCUGAAAUGAAGAAUAUGCCUAAAAUAAACAAUAUCCAC